AAAGAAAAUCCUUGUGCCAGUGACGUCUCAACACAAUGGAGCAAAGGUUAACUUUCUGUCUAAUGAAUCAUGGAAAUCUGAAGGGAAAUGACUCAAAUAUACAUAGCUGCAAAAUAACCAGUGAUAAAUAAUCAAUAUUUGUCUGCUUUUAUCAUUUCUCUGAAGGCUACUGAAGUUAAUCAAUUUAGAUUUCAUCAUCCAUAAACAGUUAUGAGGACAUUAAGUGAAGCUCUGAAAUAUUCCAUAGGUCAUAAAUACCUCAAGAUUGACCAAUAAGGUUUUAGAGGGAAGUGAUUGAUAUCAGAACAAAAUGGGACUUUGCCUCAGGACCAGGCCGGCCCACUGACACUCUGCAACCAGCUAAACUCAGAGGUUACUUCUACUGCGGCAACACAUCGUUCUGAUGAGCACAUGUGACGCAUGACGAGCACCUAAUUUCUACUCUGCAAGACACCGAAAGGCAGCAUUGGUCAUAAUGAGCACAGAAAGGGGUGAGCAGGUCAUCAUCGAUACCCACCACACCACAAUCCACACACUGGGCAGGCAAAAUGAGUCGAAGCAGCUGCGAUAUAUGCAGAAAGAUGGCAGGUUCUCUGUGGAUUUUCAGAAGGCUCCUGGAGACUGGAGUCCAUACCUGAUGGACAUCUUCACCACUCUUGUGGAGAUCCGCUGGAGGGUGAUGUUACUCAUCUUUUCCCUCUCUUAUAUCCUCUCCUGGCUGUUUUUUGGCCUCUGUUAUUGGCUCAUUGCACAUGUACACGGAGAUGUGGACAAUCCAGACGAUGAACUCUGUGUGGCAAAUGUGCGUGGCUUUACUGGAGCCUUUAUGUUCUCAAUGGAAACCCAGGCAACUAUUGGCUAUGGCUUCAGGGGGAUGACUGAGAACUGUAUGGUGGCCAUCGUGGUGGUGACAGUUCAAGAUAUAUUCAGCUGCCUCCUUGACACUAUUGUCAUUGGCAUUGUUAUCACUAAAAUGGCAUCCGCUCGCAAGAGAGCCCAGACGGUGGGUUUUAGCAAAUGUGCAGUGGUCAGCCUGCGUGAUCGGGCUCUGUGUCUGUCAUGGCGACUUGGGGACUUAAGAGGUAACCACAUCCUGGAGGGUGUUGUUGGGGCCAUGUUAGUCUGCUAUAAGAAACAGCCACAGGGGUCAAUUGUGAUGUCAUACCAGGACCUGGACAUCCAGAAUCGUGACAUUGUCCUUGCCACACCAGUCACCAUUGUUCACAAACUUGAGCCUGGUAGUCCCCUCUACACUCUGGGCCCCUUAGACCUGCUGGAGGACCAGUUUGAGCUGGUGGUGUCAUUCACCUACACCGGUGACUCUACGGGUAUGCUCCACCAGACGCGAACCUCCUACAGACCAGCAGAUAUCCACUGGGGCCAGCGCUUCCAGGAAAUGCUGAAAGUGGGCAAGAAGCGCUACAAGGCAGACUAUGCCCUGUUCAACGAGACCACGUGGGUGCCGGUGCCCAUGCUCAGUGCGGAGCAGUUGGACAGGGAGAGGCGUCCUGCAGAGGGCAGACAGUCCAACAGUCCAAUUUGUCCAUCAGUCAAGAGAAACGGACACACCUGCCUGAUGAAUCCAGAUGUCAUUGAAGAAGUGAUGCAACAAACCUGUUUGUAGCUUAAAC